UGGCAUGGUGACAAAUAAACAAUUUACGCAUUGACAUGAUUAACUUCUAACACGCAUCUCGGGGAUGGGGGAUGAUCUGAUGCUGGAGAUCCUGACCCUUCUCCCGCUCAAGUCUGCGAUUCGCACGGCGGCGGUCUCCAAGGAGUGGUCCAGGGUGUGGAAGCUCCAUUUGCAGGAAGGUGGGGGUGCACACCCUUUCGUCCGCCGCUACCACCUCGUCGCCCGCAUCGAACCAUCGCCCAAGCAGCUUCUCGAGUUGCUUGAGCGGCGAGCAGGACGCCGUCUCCACCGCUUCUCCCUCAUCGUCGAGACAAGCGUGAUGGCCGCCUCGUGCUUCAACAGCUGCCUGGACCAGGUCGCCAAGUGCGCCGUCGAGGACCUCCACGUCGAGCUGCGGAACCGUACAGCUCGGAACAAAUUCGUAUUCCACUUCCGGUGGACGAGCAGGUUCCUCGCGCGCCUCUCGCUCCGUCGCACUAAUGUGUCUCAAUCUGUUGAUUACCGGACCACGGUCUUCUCCAAUCUCGAGGUUAUCCGUCUUUACGAGGUUGGCAUCGAUGAUGGGGUCUUGAUCAAAAUGGUCUCCUCUUGCCCUGUUCUCCGUACUCCCGACCUGUUCUACUGCAAUAGGCUCAGCGAUCUUACCUGGUUUUUUCUGGAGAAGAACCUGAGAACUCUCACUGUUGUGGAGUGUGCCCAAGUCCGUGAGCUGGAUGUAUGGCCGUUUUUCGAGCAGGAUUGUAGCAUCCGCUCCUUUAGAUACCGCGGCCCUUUCCUCUGGAUAUUCUACCUCCCGAGGCUUGCCGUGGUGUUUAACGAUCUUUGCAUAUGCUACAAUGACGCCAUUCCUCCUGAUGUUUGCAGUGAAUGGUUUGACAACACCCUAUUCAAUACGUCUGAACUCACCGUCCUCACCAUCUGCAGCAAUACCCUCCAGGUUGUGUCUUACUUGACUGAUGCUGGAGUACAUGCUGAAUUGGCCAAGGUGGCCAACUUUCAGAAAUUGAAAGAGCUUCAGUUGAUCACGUUUGAAAUGAAGGCAGUCAACCUUGCUGACAUCUAUGCAUUCCUGAAUAACUGUCACUGUCCUAUUCUUGAGAGCCUCUUUGUGCAGCUCCCAACCGAGAAAUCUUAUGAUGUGAUUGAAGAGCUGCCAGAGGAUGUCUUAGAAAACCUGCCCUUGCUGGAUGCUCAUAAUGAUGUGAUUGAAGAGCUGCCAGAGAAUGUCGUAGAAAACCUUAAGGUGGUAAAGAUCACGAACUCCAGUUCUGACCCCAUUGCAGUGCUGCUAGUGCUUUUCUUGUUGAGGAAGGCCAACUCCCUCAGUGAACUGCUACUGGUUGCUCCGAAUGGCCAAUUGAAUGUGUUUGAUAUUCCUGAUAUUCAGCAAGCAGACCGUUUGCUUCUCGACGGAGCUUUGGCAAGUGGCAAGUUAGUUCUCAAGCUUGAAAAUACUGCACCCUACCCACUUCAUUCAGAUGUCUUUGCAGAGCUUUAGUUGUGAGUCAGCGAUUGAGUUAUGGCCAUAUACAUUGCAAUAUCAUAGCAACAACCGUUUGGAGUUUUGGAUAAGCUAGUGGCAACUUCUGAAGAAACUAAUAGUGUGUCAGUAUUUGUUCUGUCCAUUCGGAUAUUAUCAAAGUUACUGAAAUGCAUGGUAUUCCAAUGCCUGCUUACUUCUCCUGUUACUACUCACAUCUAAUGCUU